AACUAAAGCCGCUGAAUCAGAACAACAUAUGUUCAUCCCAGAGAGGGCAAAUUAUCUUCUGCUAUCUGCCCCAGCUGGAAGGCGUGGGGGCCUUCUGCUCCCUCAUUCAGCGAGGAGGAGUCUCAGAGGAUCCUUCUAGGGCAGGUUAAAGAGGUCCAGUCUCCUGAGGUCCAUUCCCUAGGGCCUCUCCAGUCAGUCUCCGGGGGCAAGAGCUGGCUUUGCAAGGAGCUCUGGAGCCCCAGGACCAUGGAUGCUCUUAAUAGGAACCAGGUAGGCCCUGGAUGCAAGACCCAAGCAAUGGUAAAGAAAGGGCCCUUGGACCUGAUCGAGACAGGCAAAGGGCUGAAGGUGCAAACGGACAAACCCCAUCUGGUGAGCCUGGGCAGCGGGCGGCUGAGCACGGCUAUCACCCUUCUGCCUCUGGAGGAAGGGAAGACGGUGAUUGGCUCGGCAGCCAGGGACAUCUCCCUGCAGGGCCCAGGCUUGGCUCCGGAGCACUGCUACAUCGAGAACGUGCGGGGCACCCUCACCCUCUACCCUUGUGGCAAUGCCUGCAGUAUUGACGGGCUCCCCAUCCGGCAGCCCACCAGGCUCACUCAGGGCUGUAUGGUGUGCCUGGGUCAGUCCACCUUCCUCCGUUUUAACCACCCAGCUGAAGCCAAGUGGAUGAAGAGCAUGAUUCCAGCAGGGGGCCGGGCCCCAGGGCCCCCCUACAGUCCUGGCUCAGCAGAAUCAGAAAGCCUGGUGAACGGGAACCACACCCCACAGCCUGCCACCCGGGGACCCUCUGCCUGUGCCAGCCACAGCUCCCUGGUGAGCUCUAUUGAGAAGGACCUGCAGGAAAUCAUGGACUCACUGGUGCUAGAGGAGCCUGGGGCGGCAGGCAAGAAGCCUGCUGUGACUUCCCCACUGUCGCCAAUGGCUAACGGUGGGCGCUACUUGCUGUCCCCGCCGACCAGCCCUGGUGCCAUGUCCGUGGGCUCCAGCUAUGAGAACACCUCUCCAGCCUUCUCUCCACUCUCCUCACCAGCCAGCAGUGGAAGCUGCGCCAGCCACUCACCCAGCGGGCAGGAGCCAGCACCUUCCAUGCCCCCGCUGGUCCCUGCCCGUUCCUCCAGCUACCAUCUGGCUCUGCAGCCCCCACAGCCCCGACCGAGUGGUGCCCGCCCCUCUGAGAGCCCCCGGUUGGGCAGGAAAGGGGGUCACGAGAGGCCUCCCAGUCCUGGCCUCCGAGGUCUGCUGACAGACAGCCCUGCAGCCACAGUCUUGGCUGAGGCCCGCAGAGCCACUGAGAGCCCCCGGCUGGGUGGACAGCUGCCCGUGGUGGCCAUCAGCCUGAGUGAGUACCCGGCUUCCGGUGCCCGAAGCCAACCCACCAGCAUUCCUGGCAGCCCCAAGUUCCAGCCUCCAGUCCCUGCUCCCCGAAACAAGAUCGGCACCCUCCAGGACCGUCCUCCCAGCCCUUUCCGUGAGCUGCCCAGCACCGAGCGGGUGCUGACAACCAGCCCCUCACGCCAGCUGGUGGGCCGGACAUUUUCAGAUGGGUCAGUCGCCCGCACUCUGCAGCCCCCCGAGAGCCCCCGCCUGGGCCGGCGGGGCCUGGACAGUAUGCGGGAAUUGCCCCCAUUGAGCCCGUCACUGUCCCGACGGGCGCUGUCCCCGAUGCCCACCAGGACUACUCCAGAUCCCAAGCUAACCAGAGAAGUGGCUGAGAGUCCCCGGCCCCGGCGCUGGGCAGCCCACGGGGCAUCACCAGAGGACUUCUCACUGACCCUCGGGGCGCGGGGCCGUAGGACUCGGAGUCCCUCACCCACACUUGGGGAGUCCCUGGCGCCCCGCAAGGGCAGCUUCAGUGGCAGGCUGAGCCCGGCCUACAGUCUGGGCUCUCUGACAGGGGCUUCGCCCCGCCAGAGCCCCCGUGCCCAGAGGAAGCUGUCCAGUGGGGACCUGCGGGUGCCUGUCACUCGGGAGCGGAAAAAUAGCAUUACGGAGAUCAGCGACAAUGAGGACGACCUCCUGGAGUACCACCGGCGGCAGCGCCAAGAACGGCUCUGGGAGCAGGAGAUGGAGAGGCUGGAGCGCCAGCGCCUGGAGACCAUCCUGAACCUGUGCGCGGAGUACAGCCGUGCUGAUGGGGGCCUUGAGGCGGGGGAGCUGCCCAGCAUCGGGGAGGCCACUGCGGCAUUGGCGCUGGUGGGCCGCAGGCCCUCACGAGGCCUUUCUGGGGCCCCUGGAGCCUCGGGGCGGAGUACUGAAGAGCCUGGGGGUGCUACCCCACGCCUGUGGGAGUGUGUGGAGCGCUCAGAUGAGGAGAACCUGAAGGAGGAGUGCAGCAGCACGGAGAGCACCCAGCAGGAGCACGAAGAUGCCCCUAGCACCAAGCUUCAGGGAGAGGUGCUGGCUCUGGAAGAGGAGCGGGCUCAGGUGCUGGGGCGUGUGGAGCAGCUCAAAGUCCGCGUGAAGGAGCUGGAGCAGCAGCUGCAGGAGUCAGCCCGAGAGGCUGAGAUGGAACGGGCGUUGCUGCAGGGGGAGAGGGAGGCAGAACGGGCACUGCUGCAGAAGGAGCAGAAGGCAGUGGACCAGCUGCAGGAGAAGUUAGUGACCUUGGAGACUGGCAUCCAGAAGGAGAGGGACAAGGAGAGGGCGGAGCUGGCCGCGGGACGGAGGCACCUGGAGGCCCGCCAGGCGCUCUACGCCGAGCUCCAGACGCAGCUCGAUAACUGCCCCGAGUCAGUGCGGGAACAGUUACAGGAGCAGCUGAGAAGGGAGGCCGAGGCCCUGGAGACGGAGACAAAGCUGUUUGAGGACUUGGAGUUCCAGCAACUGGAGCGGGAGAGCCGCGUGGAGGAGGAGCGGGAGCUGGCGGGCCAGGGGCUGCUCCGGAGCCAGGCCGAGCUGCUCCGCAGCAUCACCAAGAGGAAGGAGCGCUUGGCAGUCCUGGACAGUCAGGCAGGGCAGAUCCGGGCCCAGGCCGUGCAGGAGUCCGAGCGCCUGGCGAGGGACAAGAACGCUUCCCUGCAGCUGCUGCAGAAGGAGAAGGAGAGACUGACUAUGUUGGAGGGAAGAUACCACUCACUCACAGGAGGCAGACCCUUCCCGAAGACCACGUCCACCCUCAAAGAGAUGGAGGAGCUGCUGCUCCCUGCUGUAGACUUAGAGCAGUGGUACCAGGAGCUGAUGGCCGGGCUGGGGACCGGCCCCGCUGCAGCCUCCCCGCGCUCCUCCCCCCCGCCUCUGCCCGCCAAAGCUUCUCGGCAGCUGCAGGUUUACCGCUCCAAGAUGGAUGGUGAGGCCACCAGCCCCCUGCCCCGGACCCGCAGUGGCCCCCUCCCCUCCUCCUCUGGCUCUUCUUCCUCUUCUUCGCAGCUCAGCGUGGCUACUCUGGGCCGGAGCCCCUCCCCAAAGAGUGCCCUACUUGCCCAGAACGGUACAGGCAGCCUUCCUCGCAACCUGGCGGCCACGCUGCAGGACAUUGAGACCAAGCGCCAGCUGGCCCUGCAGCAGAAGGGCGAGUCGCUUCCUGCAGAGCCCCCCCCAGCAGACGACCCAGCAGGACAGCAGGUGAUCGAGGAGCAGCGGCGGCGCUUGGCCGAGCUGAAGCAGAAGGCUGCGGCCGAGGCGCAGUGCCAGUGGGACGCCCUGCACGGGGCGGCCGCCUUCCCCCCGGGCCCCUCGGGCUUCCCCCCGCUCAUGCACCACUCCAUCCUGCACCACUUGCCGGCUGGCCGGGAGCGCGGGGAGGAGGGCGAGCACGCCUACGACACCCUGAGCCUGGAGAGCUCCGACAGCAUGGAGACCAGCAUCUCCACGGGCGGCAACUCGGCCUGCUCGCCCGACAACAUGUCCAGUGCGAGUGGCCUGGAUGUGGGCAAAAUCGAGGAGAUGGAGAAGAUGCUGAAAGAGGCACACGCCGAGAAGAGCCGGCUCAUGGAGUCCAGGGAGCGGGAGAUGGAGCUCCGGCGACAGGCCCUGGAGGAGGAACGGAGGAGGCGAGAACAGGUGGAACGGAGGCUACAGAGCGAGAGUGCCAGGAGGCAGCAGCUGGUGGAGAAGGAGGUCAAGAUGCGAGAGAAACAGUUUUCCCAGGCACGACCCCUGACCCGCUACCUGCCAAUCCGGAAGGAGGACUUUGACCUGAAGACCCACAUCGAGUCGUCGGGCCACGGUGUUGAUACCUGCCUGCACGUGGUGCUUAGCAGCAAGGUCUGCCGCGGCUACUUGGUCAAGAUGGGCGGCAAGAUUAAAUCAUGGAAGAAGCGCUGGUUUGUCUUCGACCGGCUCAAGCGCACCCUUUCCUAUUAUGUGGACAAGCACGAGACGAAGCUGAAGGGGGUCAUCUACUUCCAGGCCAUCGAGGAAGUGUACUACGAUCACCUGCGCAGUGCAGCCAAGAAGAGGUUUUUCAGCUUUUCUGUGGUGACUGAGAGCCCGAACCCAGCCCUCACCUUCUGUGUGAAGACCCACGACCGGCUGUAUUACAUGGUGGCCCCGUCUGCAGAGGCCAUGCGCAUCUGGAUGGACGUCAUCGUCACGGGAGCGGAGGGCUACACUCAGUUCAUGAACUGACUGUGGUCGGCGGGCCUCCCGGACCCUGGGGCCAGCCCACCUGCUGCCCCCAGAGACAGCUGCACCCUGGGCCCUAGGCCACGUGGGAGCGCUCCCCGGGCCCUAGGAGGGCGGAGCGCUGCCGGGGCUCCUGUACCAGACUGCGUGCUCUUCUGUAAGGAGCUCGGGCCCCUAAUGUACCGGCCAAUGGAUAAAAAGUGGGGAGGCUCCUGGGAACUCAGAAUUUGCAAUAACCCUUCGGGGUCCUAGCCCAGGCCUGCCCGGGCUGAGGAGCCGGUGCAGAGGGGGCCUCGAGCUCUGACCGGGCCCUGCACUCCCCAGCCUGUGUUCUCUUUUGCAAAGGACAAAUUAUGGUACCAGAAUCUGCCAAAGAUCCCCUCCUGCCUCAGCCCCCCUUUGCAGGGGCCUCGGGGGCUGAGGAGAGCCACAUCCAGAGUGGGGAACCAGCUCAGGCGGUGCACUUGUCAAACCCUGCUCCACCCUGCUCUCCUGCAUUUUAUUACUUUGUCCAAGGGCCAGAGACCUCAGGUGUCAUCCUUGAGGUCCCAGCCCCACCCCCUUUUUGCAGACCCCAAACUCUGAUCUCCAUAGUGACUGCUUCACCGCCAUGGUUACAUACUCAUUGCCUGGGCUCUGUGGCUCCGCCCAUGCUUCUACUGUGGGCCCACCUGAGGGUAUGUCCUGCCAUCUCUCCAGCCCAGGACCUUGUGCAUCUCACGCUGGGAGCGGGGGAAGGGACCAGACACCCCCUCUUCGCCCUCCACCUGUGUCUCCAGACCCCGAUGCACAGCCUGUGGCCCCCCAGCCCAGCCCUCUCCCUUCCACUCGUGCCUUGCUUAGAGCCAGAAGGGACGAAGCUCCUACAUCCAGAGACUGGAAGAGGAGGGGAGCUGAUGGGAAUGGCGGCUACACGGGUUCUGUACAGGCUGGGUUUCUAACAGGGUUGGAGGGCUGCUCAGACACUCCAGGGAGAACCCGAGCAGGAGAGGAGGCAGCAGAGGGAGAGGAUCCUGAGGUGUGGCUGCCCUCCCUUCAGCAUCAGAAGGGUGACAGAAAUGGAGAGCAGAGGACCAGGCCACCAGCUGCCUGGCCUUGGCCCUUCACGCCUUAACACUAAGCCCACCUCCCUGCCCACCACUGGGCCGUGGCUGCUGGGCCCCAGGCUGGGUGACUUUCAGUAUUUGUAAACAUCUCAACUGAACAAUAAAGCAUUUGGAGUACGUG